AUGUCUACCGAAGACCAGAAGGUUAAGCUCGUCUCCUCCGACAAUGUCGAGAUCAUGACCGGUACGUCGCACGCUCACCUCCCUCGUUUGCGCGCACCUGCUAACUCAUUCUCCCAGACCGUAAGGUGGCCGAGCGCUCCAUGCUCAUCAAGAACAUGAUCGAGGAUCUCGGCGCGCCGGGCGACGAGCCCAUCCCAAUCAUGAACGUAAGUCGCAACGUCAUCUGCCGAGUCACAUGCAAUCAUACUGACUGCUUCCAGGUCUCCGAGGCCGUCUUGCGCAAGGUUCUCGAGUGGUGCGAGCAUCACCGCAACGACCCCGCCCCAACCCAAGACGACGACGCCGACUCUCGCAAGAAGACCACCGACAUCGAGGACUGGGACCAGAAGUUCAUGCAGGUCGACCAGGAGAUGCUGUUCGAGAUCAUCCUCGCCGCCAACUACAUGGACAUCAAGGCGCUGCUCGACGUUGGCUGCAAGACCGUCGCCAACAUGAUCAAGGGCAAGAGUCCCGAGGAGAUCCGCAAGACGUUCAACAUCCAGAACGACUUCACCCCCGAGGAGGAGGACCAGAUCCGUCGCGAGAACGAGUGGGCUGAGGACCGCUAA